AUGGGCAACACUCUCGGCGGUGAAUACCUAAGUACUUGGGACAACGCUGACGUGAAAAAAUGGCAAGAGACCGCUCGGAACAUGCAACAAUGCACUUAUCUACAAUUCGGAGGUAGUCAAUUCCACGAUUUGACUGAUUUGAGCGUCGAAUUGCGUGUUACAAAGAUAUGUUAUGCAAUCUAUGGACCACCAAUUGAAGAGGCGGACACUCUGGAGGAAGCGUAUUCCAAAGAUCAACGAGAAUUCGGGACGAAGUGCUACGAUAAGAUAUUGGAAAUGUGGAAGAAGGCGCCGGAGCCAAGAUUCAAGUUGGGAUUCAUUUUUGUGUUCUGUAAGGAAGGGGACAAGGAGUUUCAGGUUCCCCUAUUCCGUCUUCUUUGGGAAAAGAAAGGUAAUACCGACACCAAUCGCUACAUUGACACUUCUCUCCGUGUCUACGACUGUGCCAAAGACUGGAAGGAAAACAAUCAUAUGCCAAUGAUGAAGUACUGUCAUCCAGAGAAUCUAUUCUAUACUUGUACCAACGACUGGUCUUACAAUUUCGAUGAGAAAGAGGAAGUGGUAUUGGGAUUCAACACAUCUCCAGCGUGUGACUUGGUUUCCCGUAUAGCUAGAGUUGCUGAUGUGAUCAUAACGACAGUUGGAAUGACAGUUGGUGUUGUGGCUAUCUUCACACCAGCCGGAUUCAUCAGUGGUCCGAUUCUUCUGUCAGUGGGUGCAGGAUCAGCUGGAUGGGGUGUUGGCAGAGCAACUCAGAGACUCAUUGACAAGGGAACUCAUGGUGAGAGUCUGACUGAUUUGGAAAGUGCACUUCUAUGGUUAUCUUUGGCUGCUGCUCCGUUGAAUCUUCUCAACGGAUUUGUUGGAGCCAAAUUGGCAGCUGGUGCAGCAUCUGGAAGAAUCUUCUCACAGACACAACGUGUGUUGGCAACACUUCUGAUGUUCACUGUAGUCGGUGUGGACUCAUUUUCUUUUUUGCUGAAUUUGACGAAUCUGAUUGAUAAGGCUAUCAAGGAUCAGUUAACAACCCUCGAUGUUCUUCAGUUCUCAGUGAGCACUCUGUUCUUUGGAAACAUGUUGAUCCAACCAAAAACUGCCACUGGAAUCAUCAAGAAGGCACAAAAUCAAAAAAUCCAAGAAAUCUCAAAGAAGAUGACAGAUGCAGAUGCAAAAGUUGCAUUCAAGAAGUAUCUAGAUGCCAAUAAGGGGAAAGGAGGUAUCCAUGAUGGUGCGAAGAUUGUGAGGGAUCUCCUAAAGAUGGAAGAUCCGAAUGCAUUCUUCAAUGGCGUCAAGAACUUGGAUCAAUUGGGAAUCGGGGUGAACUAUUCCGAAAAUAGACAGUCUGGUACUCCAUCAGUUCAAAAACCAGCAAAACUUAAAGCGUGUCUUGGAGGGAAGGACUAUAAGGAUCAUCAACAUUUGGGACAGUUGAAUGACCAGCAAGUGGGAAGAUUGAAUAAGGUGUUCGGAGGAGCUGCCAAGUAUGAUGAGCACGUUGUCAACUUUGCAACAAAAGUAGCUAAUGAAGUGAAAAUGACUAAAAACCCGGAUGGUUUCAUGUCAAUCGUGGAGAUGGUAGCGGCACAGGCAAAACAAGAUUCCAACUUUGUUCGAACUGGCGAUGUUAAAAACUUUACCGCUGGAAUCCAGAAAGAUCUGAAGAUUGUUACGGAAAUUGGAAACAAGAAUCAGCUGAAAUUCGCUGAUCCCUACAAGGCACUCUAUCACUAUAGAAAGCACGGAUCGGAGUUUAUGAAUAAGUGCACACCGAAAUUCUAUCUUGGUGAGCUACCUGGACAAAUUCAGGAUCGGGGACAACUGGCGGAUGUUUGUAAAGUUACUUCGGAUCUUCCGAGUGGAGGUACAGAAAUGUUCACCCGGAAGACAUACCUCCGGAAGGACAAUGCGAUGCUGGUAGUGAUAGAAAAUGAUAAUAUGAAAACUAUCAGCACAAUGUACAAGAAACCAGAUUGUUGGGCCGAGUACACGAAGCAAUUCCCUGAAGUGAAGUACCCGACUCCGAAUGCAAAUUUUGCCAAUUUGGCAUAUGUAGCUGGUUUGGAUGCUGUUCAAUUGCAACUUCGUUCUAGUAGUUUCUUCUUUAAAAAUAAUAAUAUUACGGAGAGAGAUCCAAAUUAUGAGAGAUAUCAGGCAAUGAUUGGAAUCCUUGCUCAGGAUAUGGCUAACUGUUUGAAACACGACAGUGAGGAAUAG